CGGGAUCCGUGAAAGUCUCGAUUUACAUUUUUAUACCUUCCAAUCUUCUUUCCUUGGUUUGGUUUAAAAAACAAAAAUUACGAAACAGAAAGCAUUGUCUUGCUUAUGUUUCUGUAGUCCAGUAUUAAUAAUCUCGUAAUGUAGGUUUUAUUUUGCUUAUUUUUAUUAUGAAUUGCAGUAUAGACCACAAAAAAAGACCUAUAUCAUCCAGGCUCUCACUAAGACUUUCGGAAAUUAAACAGAAGAGGCAAAACGUAGCUAUCAAUGAGUUAUCUAUGAAAUCAAGCUGUGCUGAUAAUUGUGAUUUGUUAAUAGAAUGCUCUCAGAAACCCAUAGGUAAUGCAACUUCUAAAGUUGAUGAAAAGUUUUUCUUCCAGCCUUGUAUUGUGUUAGCAAAAGCUUUGUUGGGGAAAAUUUUGGUCAGAAAACUACCAACUGGUGAGAUAUUGAGAGGUAGAAUUGUAGAAACUGAGAGUUAUUUAGGCAAUGAUGAUAAAGCAAGUCAUUCAUACCAAGGCAAAAGAACAAAAAGGAAUGAAGCAAUGUUCUUAUCUCCUGGUACAGCGUAUGUUUAUUCGAUAUAUGGUAUGUAUUACUGUUUUAAUAUUUCCAGUUUGGAAGAGGGAUCCGCCGUUUUGAUCCGAGCUCUUGAACCAAUUGAAGGUUUGUCUAGCAUGAGGGAGUUGAGAUCAGUAAAACGAAAUAAUUCGGCUCUGAAAGACAAAGACUUGUGCAAUGGUCCAUCAAAGUUGUGCCAGGCAUUGAGCAUUGAAAAAGCUCUUCUGAACAAAACUGAUCUGACUCAGUCAGACGAUUUAUGGAUUGAAAGAGAUUUGAUCGCCCAUGAGUUUAAAAUCAUCUGUUGCAAAAGGAUAGGUAUUGACUCAUGUGGUGAUGAGUGGGCGAAUAAGCCGCUAAGAUUUUAUAUUAGAGACUGCAAAUAUGUGAGUAUAAGAAACAAAACGGCUGAAAAUGAACAGCAAUGUUAGUCGU